GUCAGCGGAUUCAAUGAACGGGCGGCGGCGAGGCCACUGAUAGAGAUUCACCGCCUCUAAUCCGGCAGUUCUGUGUGGCCUGCACAGUGGGACUGGCCAUCUGCUAAUUUAAGGGGCACCAUUCUAGUGCUGACACCAUGGCAACGGAAGAAAAGAAACCGGAAACUGAAGCCUCUAAGACUCAGUCCACCCCAUCCUCGUCCAAUAAUCAGAGCAAGCCUGCACCAGUAAAGCCGAAUUACACUCUAAAGUUUACUCUAGCCGGACACACUAAGGCCGUAUCAUCUGUAAAAUUCAGCCCGAACGGGGAGUGGCUCGCCAGUUCAUCGGCCGACAAGUUAAUUAAAAUAUGGGGGGCAUACGAUGGCAAGUUUGAAAAAACCAUCUCUGGACACAAGUUGGGAAUAUCCGAUGUGGCCUGGUCCUCUGACUCCAAUCUCCUAGUUUCUGCUUCUGACGAUAAAACUCUAAAAAUCUGGGACAUAAGCUCGGGGAAAUGUUUGAAAACCUUGAAGGGGCACAGUAACUAUGUAUUCUGCUGUAACUUUAAUCCGCAGUCCAAUCUCAUUGUGUCAGGAUCGUUCGAUGAAAGUGUAAGAAUAUGGGAUGUGAAGACUGGGAAAUGUCUGAAGACUUUGCCUGCUCAUUCUGACCCUGUCUCAGCUGUGCAUUUUAAUCGUGACGGUUCCCUCAUUGUAUCCAGUAGUUACGAUGGUUUGUGCCGAAUAUGGGACACUGCAUCAGGACAGUGUUUGAAAACGCUCAUUGAUGACGAUAAUCCUCCUGUAUCUUUUGUGAAGUUCUCUCCAAAUGGCAAAUACAUUUUAGCUGCGACCUUAGACAAUACACUCAAAUUGUGGGAUUACAGCAAAGGGAAGUGUCUAAAGACAUACACGUGUCACAAGAAUGAGAAGUACUGCAUAUUUGCUAACUUUUCUGUGACCGGUGGCAAGUGGAUUGUGUCUGGCUCUGAAGAUAACUUGGUUUAUAUCUGGAACCUACAGACUAAGGAGGUGGUGCAGAAAUUACAGGGUCACACAGACGUGGUGAUUUCGACGGCCUGCCACCCAACGGAAAACAUCAUCGCCUCGGCAGCACUAGAAAACGACAAGACCAUCAAAUUGUGGAAAAGCGACUGCUAAGAACAUUUCAAGUGCAGACUGUACCGGCAAAAGGAAGGGGAACAAUCCUCAUACAGGGCACCCAUAAUCCUGCGUGGCGGGGAGAUUUAAAGGAGAACCAAACAUGCAAAGUUACCCUUUUUUUUUUCUGGAGCAAAAAUUGUUUCUUUAAUGGAACUUGAUGUGAAACGUCACUUUUUUUUUUGCUGAUUUUUUUUUCAUCGAUUAUUGUUUCCGGGCUGAUUAAAUGUGGUGUCGUGUUGCAUGCACCUAUAGGCAGAAAUUCCCAACUCCAUUCAGUUCAUUUUCUCUUCUCAUUCUUCAAUUUUUGUUGUCAGUUUUUUGUUUUUUUUUUAAAAAAAAUCAAAAUAUUAUAAAGUCCCCGUAAAAAAAAAAA